AUCUCCGGGUAAAUUAGCUGCUCCGGGUAAAUUAGCUAAAUACAAAGUAAAAGUGUUUGAUAUUCUAGACACAGUUUGUUGAGGUUGUUUUUAAUACGUGGAAGAUUCGCGUGGAAAUUGACGACAUCUUCGAUUCUGAAUUAAAACCGACGUGUGAACAUUUUUUAUGAUUUAAACGAUUACGCUGUGAACGCAGCAGCAACCAGAGUCUCGCGAGAGUUGACAGAGAUCGCGGACGCUUGUCAACAUUUACAUUUAGCUUUUUUCUUGGCCUUUUCUUUGUCGCUGCUCUUUUCGGGUUUAAAGCAAAAACUUAAACGGAGUUUAGAAAGAGACGAGUUAUUUCACAUUGUUGUCACGUUAAUUUUAAAUACAGUUUGGAGGGUUUUUGUUAUUUUUUUUAGGGGAGGCAGACGAAUCAGCUAACCGGAAGUAGCUAGUUAUUCGCUCCUGAAUUUAGCUCAAUUGUCGUAAAAACAAGGUACCGACGACUGACGAGUCACUUUAUUGUUGUAAUUUCAAUCGUCUUUGAAAGGGGGCGACGCGAUGUGGGCCACGUCCGUUUCCCCGUGCGGGCAGUGAUGUUCAGACUCUCCGGGGUCUUCCGAGCAGUGCGCAGGAGCGUGUGCAGCAGCGUCGUCGACGACAUGGCGAAGGGCAAGUUCUUCUACGCGGUGAAGAAAGGCUUCAAACCGGGAGUGUACAGCUCAUGGGAUGAAUGUAAAAGCCAGGUGGAGAAAUUUCCAGCCGCCGCUUUCAAGAAGUUUGCGUCGGAGAGAGACGCCUGGGCGUUCGUCAGAGGCGUCGAACCUCCACCUCCCGAUGUGAAGAACGCUCUGAGUUUGGACUCUGCCGUGGCCCUUCUGCCUAAGAGAGGCCCCGAGCCCCUGGAGUACAUCCCCCUCGGUAAGAAGAGAUGCCACUCGGACGGGGAGGCGGCGUCCCCGACCAAACGAGCCAAACCGUCGGAGAGCUCAUCGUCGGUCAGCUCGGACGGAUUCACGUACAUGGGUGACGCCGUGGUCGUUUACACCGACGGCUGCUGCUCGGGAAACGGAAAGAGUCGAGCCCGAGCUGGCAUCGGAGUUUACUGGGGCCCCAACCACCCGCUAAACGUUGCCGAUCGGCUUGAGGGACGACAAACCAACCAGCGGGCGGAGCUACAGGCAGCCUGCAAAGCGCUGGAGCAGGCCAAAGAGAAGAACAUGAAGAAGUUGGUUCUCUACACCGACAGCAAGUUUACAAUCAACGGUGUGACCAGCUGGGUGAAGAACUGGAAGCUGAACGGCUGGAGGCUGAAGUCCGGAGGUCCGAUCAUCAACAAAGACGACUUUGUGAAGCUGGACCGACUGAACGCAGAGCUGGAGGUGGUCUGGUUGCAUAUUCCCGGUCACGCCGGCUACAGAGGCAACGAGGAGGCCGACAGACUCUCGAGAGAAGGAGCCGUGAAGCCUUUACCUCAACACGACGACGACGACGACCAGUGAACAGCAAAUCAUAUUCGCUCACUGGACUUUUUAUUUAUUUAUUUUCCCCCUCACAACAGCGCUUGUGACGAACCCCAAAACUCAUGGGACAAGGGGGGGGGGUCUCUGUUUGUCAUUUUUCUGUUCAUAUUCUGCUCUGAAUAAAGUUUUCUCUUUAAGUUUCAACUUUAAA